GCAGGCUCAGAGUGACCUUACGAUGUUUUUAUGAUCGAGAAUGGCAGUGAAUAUUUUUAUUUCCUUCGUAUUAUUUCCUUAUUAAUCAUCAUCUUAACUCGUGAUAAAGAUGUGGAUCAAGCCAGAAGAAGUACUUCUCGCCAAUGCUCUUUGGUAAAUACGAGUCGAUACCAAAUCAAAAUUUCAACCAUUUACGAAUAGGCGCCACAAAGAAGACGACCACGGAGGCCUUUCGAUAAUUUUAGUAUUUUUGUCCAUUUUUAGGGUGACUGAAAGAGCGAAUCCCUACUUUGUUCUCCAACGAAGAAAGGGUCAUGGUGGCGGCGGAUUGACUUCGCUUUUGAUCGGAACAUUAGAUAAUGUUUUAGACACGAAGGUAUUUCUGUGUAGUAAAAAAUUAAGUUUUCCGCUAGUGAUUCAUUUGAAUUUGGCGAUUCACGCAUUUUACGAGCUUUGGACAGCGACAUGUUUGUUUUGAUGUUUUUUUUCGUUGUUGUUGUUGUUGUUUUUUUUCAACUUUCUGCUGUGUUUGUUUCAUGUUUUACAGCCUGCCCCGUUUCGAAUUCUUCUGCAACUACCCAGCUCUGACAUAAGCUAUGGUAAGAAUCUGGUUAUUUUAUAAGCUAAGCUAUGAAAAAUUAUUCAUAGUAUGCACGAGUAUGCCAGUGAAUCCAGUUAUUAAAAGAGAAAGGCUGACUUUAUGUGGUCCUCUUUUCUUUUGGAGUCCACUCUAAGUGUUAAAAAUUCUGAAAUUUUAUAUGACUGGCAGAACCUAAACUACUAGGCAGCAUUUGAGGGCCUCACUUAAUCUCUAGAAUGGCUGCACCUAAGAAUUGGGCUGACAGGGUACAGAGAAAUUUGGAAGCACAUAUAGGGACUUGGGGACGUGAAGUAUGGAAUGUGGCCAUGGGGAGGUAUAGUGAUACAGGGAUGAGAAGCAUGGGUAGUGGGCAUGUAAAAUAUGUAAAAUAUCUCUUGAUGUCAGUCAUCAUUGUAACUUGCACAUGUUUGUAUACCUGUCAAGAUGGUGCUUAAAACAAUGAUGAGGUCUUUUGGAGUAACUUUGUCACAGGUGUAAAGUUAUUAGAGACAAGACAAACAGGAAUGUCGAAGAUACACAGGAUCACUAACUCAUUUGUUACAAGAUGGCGGACCAGAGACCAAAAACUGGGCCCCAGUGCCCAGUUCCCCCUUGGCACAAAGCUAGGCAUACUAUGACACAAGGGGCAUCACGUAAAGAUGUUUCAGUCUCAGCAUGUCAUUGUGAGGUUUUUUUUUGUUUUGUUUUUUUUCAGUUGGUUUUAGGGAACUUAAAGUAUUACUACCCUAAAAAUGACCAGGACAGUUUUGAUCCAGUGACCAUGGAAACUGUAGGUCAGAGUUUCUCUAAGUCCAAGUCCUAGGAAUAGGGGAAGUCUUUAUGUUUAGGUUAUCUCCAUGAAGACCAUACACUUGUAGGGAACCUAUCUGUAAAACCUGGUCCUCACAAGUGACACAAACUACUUCCUAUCUUAUUUACCAGUUAUUGCAAGUGCAGCGUCAUUCAGUGAAAUAGAGGCUGACUGGAACUGGCUGGCAAAAUAUUUGUUGGAAACAUUAGGUAUCGUAGUAGUAAUAAUAAUAAUUGUUGCAGACCCAAUAUGCCUGUGUCCAUCUUCUGCCCUCCCCUUCUGAGGGGAGGGGGUGGCUGUAUACAGGCUAAUAUUAUUAGGCUUCAGAGCAGGAAGACUCAACAUGCUAGCAUGAACAUGUUGAUAGGGAGCUGUUUUACAAGUGGGUUGCCUGUGGCUCUAUCGUCACAGGGCUGGACCAUUGUUUAAGGUCUUAAAAUAACUGGGGUAGAAAGUACUGUGUAUAUCUUUGCCUAGCAAAAUGGUUAGACCUUCCUGUGGCUGCGAUAACCUGGCAGAAAAGACCCAGUCCCAUCUCCAGUCGGAGAUGUUAAAACACUUUCUUCGAUUACUGUACUAUAUACAUCUACAUUUGUGACGUAAAUAAAGCUGGUUUUUUCCAUCAAUGGAUUCUGUACAUUUUUAAGUAAUGUUUAGCCUCUCUUUGGGUACCUACAGAUGUUGUUUUUGUCGUGCAUUUUCCAACAAAUCAUCAUUUUUUAAAAAAAUCGUCACAUAUCAGAAUAGUGUAUUGUUUUGCAUGGUGAUGUAACUUGUGAACCCAAGCAAACGAUGGAAAGGAAAAAGCAACAGGUUUAAUUAGUGAAAAAAAAAAACUCUGAACUUGCAGCACACUUUCUGGCAGAUUUCUUUGUUGUCAUCGCAAGACUAAUGUUGUCAAACUUGCUCAAAAUGGCUUUGCAAUAAUUGUUUUAAUAUCAGAUCAUUGUUUCAUCAAUAGCAAUCGUAGCAACUUUUAUUUUGUUGAGAAAAAAAAUAAAACAGUAAAGAGGCUCAAUAUUUAAUUGAAGUUUCUUCAACAAUGGGAUGUAUUUACUUGUAAAUUUCUUGCCUUAGUCAACUUUAUAUAAAUGGAACUAAGGUAUAUAUGGGAAAGAGCUUCAUUGAUACUGCUAGGUUAAUAGUAAUUACCAAGGGUCCCACUGGUAAUACAGGUUUAUACCAUGUCUGUUGUGUUUGUAAUGUUAUCAGUCAUGUUCUUGUAUCAAACAAAAUUAUAUUUUGUGAUCUAGAGGCAAUUGAAAGUGACGAGGAUGUCAAAGAGUUUGUGAAAGCGAAGAUUGAGAGUCUAGUGGCAAGUGUCACAACUGACCAAGAUGUUGUGACAGAAACAGAAACCAGCAGAUUUAAAUCAGCAACAAUAAGAUUUCACAGGAUCUUUAACAUUCCAGCAGAUGAAAAACUUGUGAACUGUAUGUUGUUUAACUUGUAAUUUGAUUUUAAUGUUCAAUUUUGUGGCGUGCUUUAGGUUAACCAAGAGACUGGACUGAUUUUCUUCUGGUUUGUUAGCUUAAUGACCUAUGUGGAAUGUUCAGCGAAUGCAAGGGAAGCUUGAAAUUGAAUUACCAGUUUUUUAGUAUUCUCUUGACAUCUUAAGAAGGUUUAUUAUAUCAGUAAGGCAACUUAAAGCUUAGUCUGUUGCUUGUAUAUUACAUUACACUUAUUUCAUAAUUUAUAAUUUUUUGAGUUCUCUAUAACGUGGAAAUGAAACAAUGAAUUCUGCAUCCCUGUAGUUUAGGUCUCAGUUAUUGAAUUGAUCUAGUUACUUUUAAUGAAAACAAGGGCAACAACUUGCCUUGCAGUGCAGUCUUAUUAGCUACAAAUUAGUAAUAAGAUUUUUCUCAAAAAAAGUGUUCAAAGUUACCAGUUGGGCAUUCAACCUGUGCAUUGUGAAGGAAGUUACUCAUGUUGAGCUACAUUUUAAGGUAUUUACGAGGCUCAUAUAGAUGCACGUCAAUUAAUUUUGUAAAUUACAUGUCCCAUUAUCAAAUAAUUUUCCAUUACUAGAUUACUCCUGUAGCUACUGGAAGGGAAGAGUUCCUCGUCAAGGUUGGCUGUACUUGUCAGUAAACUACAUGUGUUUCUAUUCAUUCUUAAUGGGAAAAGAGGCAAGGCUUGUCAUCAGGUGGCUGGAUGUGGUGGUAUGUACAGUAAAAAAAUUGACUUUCUUGAAGAAUUUAUUGGCAUCAUUAAAGAGAGAAACAGCCUCAUUGAACCAUUUACAAAUCCCAGUAUCCACAAACAAAGUCCUCCAGACUGAUCUGUGUACAUUUCCUCAGAGAAUUAGUUGAGAGAAUAAUUUAAAUUAUCAUUUUAUUGACUCCCAUAAUGUUUCCUCUUGAUUAUGUAUUGAAAUUGUUAGAAAGAAAAUUAUUGAUGUUGGUCACUCUUGGGAGUGUUAACAAGUGAAUAAAAUGGGGUCUGGGAGUAUAGUUGUCCUCCCCCUCCCCACUUUUACUUAGAUAUUUCUUUAUUUAAGAGACAAACUGUGUUUCGUACGUGUAGAGCUGCUCCCUUCUCAAGCAAAAUCCUAGACUUCCUCUCACUUUGUGCUCUUUCGCUGGCAAACAUUGGCAUCAAAUGAUCAGUUUGAGAGUUUUGUACAAACAUGAAGAAAUGAGAAUCAUGAAUUAGAAAUUCUGCGGAGGGAGUGGGGGUGAGAGGGGGGGGGGGCGCAUUCUUUAAGGGCAAGUUUUUUAAAGGAAAGUGUGAGGCUAAACUGGAAUUUCUAAAGCGAGGGAAGAUGGGGUGGUUCAAGCCAAAAACCCUUUGUAGGUGUAGGGUGAGUACGGAUAUUUACAUUUUGUAAUGUUUAGUCCUUAGAAAGAAGCAGCAGUGUUCUGUUCACUGAUGGUGUCAAGGUUGCAACACGAGAAGGAGAGGUUAGUAAAUGCCAUCAGGGUGUUAGACUUUCCUUUCCUUUUCUAACAUCUUCUUGUUUGUAAUCAGUGGUCAUUCACAUUAUGAUUUAUUCAGUUUUCUUUGUUUUAGAUUAUGGUAGUAGUUCUAUUCAAACUAUAAAACCUGGCUUGAAAACAGAAGAAACUGACAAUGAAAGCUUUUCAAAAUUGCAGUAAAAAAAUAGCCAGUACAAUGAAGCUGGGGGAAAAUCACUACCUACCAUGUGUUUUUGGCUGGGUACUUUGCUGGGUAAUAUUCCUCUGAUUCUUUUGUAAAAGAUGGCAAAAUAAGCCACCUACUUCAACAAUAAAGCCACCCUCUUUAAAAAUCUCUGAUAACCUUUUUCUUAAAUAUUUUCCUAAUGUGUUGCACCUGCUUCCAAGAAAAUGUCCUUUAAAUAUCCUUGCCUUCAGUUACUACCCCCCUCCUCUGUUCCUUUUUUUGGAUCAUUUUACGUUUCUGUGAAACUGCCCACCUACCCCUCCCCUAAACCAACAUUAACACUCAGUUUUUACUUUGGGCAAAAUGUUGGCAUAGGGGAGGGGUAGGUGGGCAGUUUCCAAGAAACAUAAAAUGAUCCCUUUUUUUACCUACAUGUACCUACCCUCCCCUCUAACAGCCAAUCACCCAGUUUUUUGAUGAGCCUGCCUGAUGUGUCUUACAUUUCUCUUUAUAUAGCCUGUAUUUGGGCCACCCUUUGAACUGAUUUUGCACUACAUUCACCUUGACAAUAAUCCCUAAUUUCUUUGUAUUUGUUCUAUUUCAGUUUAGUUUUUCUUUGUUGCUACACAUUACAGAAACAUUUGGUCUCAUGGAACAGCUAGCUAACCUGGCUAUGAGACAGUAAGACAACCAUUUUGUUAAUCUUGAGUCUUUUGUGUUAUUGCCUUUAAUUUAAGUAGUUUUGUUAGGUCAUCUUUAGUGGUUGCUUAAUUUUUAUGCCAACAUCCCUAAAUUUAAAAGAUUACAUAGGACUUUUGCAGGUGCUUGGUUAAAAUGCCUGUGAAAAUAUAUUAGUCAAUUUUAUUGUUGAAUUCCUGUAAACAAAGGACAAAUCUUCUUUACCCUUAAAACGUUUCUCUGCCUAGGAGUAAAUUAUUAUUGCAUUGUCAGCGUGCAAAGAAAGUGGUGUCCGAUAGCCUAGGGUUUGGGAUUUGCUAUGGGGCUAGUGAUUUUUGUUCUUAACUUGCCCGACAGGCAAGUGCCGUUUUUUGAGGGAAAUUCAAAUUACAGAAGGAUUGUAAUCAAUUCUGCUAAUCAAAAAGGGUUUGGGGGCUAGUUGAAAUGACUUGUGGGCUAUAUAGUACAUGCUAGCAGCAGCUUGCCCGAAUGGCAGGCUGUAAAACUGCCUUUCUUUGCACCCUGAUUGUAUAAAUACAGGUGCACUGUACAGUAGUUACAACUUUUAAGACUCUGGAUGAAAAUGUUAAUCCUGUGAUGUGGCCAUUCAUAUGAAAAAUCUGGCAGUGAAAUAAAAUGCAUGGUAUCUUCUAUAUUUUAUAAUUCUCAAAUUUGAUAUUUGUUCUUGAAUUUUGACUCUUACGUUGUGGUACAGUAUUUACAACUGUAAGCGUACACUUUACAAUAUAUGAAAUAAACUGAUCAUUUUUUUGUCAGACUGUUGUCAGAAGAAGGUUACGAAGAAGAUAAAACACUUCCUUUAUUGACAAAGUAAGUAGCUUUGUUGAAUAAAUCUUUUAAGUGGCUAUGUCAUGGUAUUUGCUAUCUUUUUAAAUGCAUGAAUUGAAUUCCAAAAAUAAUGGGGUAGUUGUGUUACUUAAGAUUAUAUAAUUUAAGCAUUGAAACUGUUUCCCGUCAUUUACUGCUAAGGAUGGAAAGGAUGGACGUGGAUUGAAACUUGAAAAAGUUGGUCCAACGGUUUCAAGUUUUAAUGCCUUACCUGCAAAAAUCCUCACCCAAUCGCACUGUUCAAAUUUAUUCGAUAUCUUCUUCAUAACCCUACAGGAGCAUAUUGUUUAUGGGUAAAGGCACUAAGUAACGACUUGUAUAAAUAAAUAAAUAAAUAAAUAAAUAGCGAUUUUGAGGUAGCCCAUCCACAGAGUGGUUCUUCAUCUACCUGAUUCCUGAUCAAAUAGACCUUUUUACCAAUACGGUGGCCGUAUUGAAUUAAUUCAAUUUAAGGAGUAUUAUAGGAUGCCCAGGGGGCAUGAGUACAUUUUGUUUGUAUUUUCAAGUGCUUUUCAGGACUUUUCUUUUUCUUAAAGUUUUCUAAGAAUAAUAUUGUAAUGGGAAAAAAGAUCCUUGUACAGUGUUUGGAUGUAAUAAUGAUCGUCUUUUUCUAGUUUAGUAUUAGAAAUAUGGUCUUUCACUGUAUAUUUCUCUGGAAAAAGGCGAUCAUUAUUACCUCCAAACAUGGCACAAGGAUCUUUUUUCCGAUUACAAUCUUAUCCUAAGAAAACUUUAAGAAAAAAUGUCCCGAAAAGCACUCGAAAAUACAAACAAAAUGUGCUCAUGCCCCCUGGGCAUCCUAUAAUACUCCUUAAAUCGAUUUAAUUCAAUAUGGCCACUGUAUCAGUAAAAAGGUCUAUUGGAAUUUGGAAAUGUUGGCUUUUGAGGAGAGGGGAAAACCGGAGUACCCGCUGAAAAAUCUCUCAGAGCAAGGGAGAGAACCAACAACAAACUCAACCCACAUAUGGCAUCGAGGCCCAAUAGGUGGGAGACGAGUGGUCUCACCACUGCGCCAUCCCUCGCUUAAGCGCAGAGGUGACCUACAAAAGCUGUGUAAAGACAGUUCAUCACAACUUUUCACAGAUGUAAAAAUAAUACAUUAAUUGUUUUCUGUUCUAAAUCACAGGAACAGGGGUAAAUCAAUAAAAAAGAUGCCAUCAUUGAAAAGAGACUUGGAUGCCAGAGCACAGAGUGAAUUCUACAGGUAAGUAAAUGAAAUUAAAUCAACCUGUAAGUUUUAAAUCAUUCAAGUAAAUUUUUGUUCCUUAAUAUGACGCAUAACUUGAACCAAUCACUGGUGAGUCAAUCCCUGUGCAGAUAAGAUAAGAUAACUUUAUUAUAUCUCUUCAGGAUAUCUCUAUUUACAAAAUUAUGAACGUGUGAUAAAAAUUAAAAAUUUAUUAUCAUAAGAGUACUAAAAGUACGAAAAAUACAAAAAGCAGAGAACAACAAAAUUAAUUAUUGAAACGAGAUAUUUAAAAAAAGAUAUUUUGCCGCAUGGCAACAUCACGAUUGGCUAGUAAAUAAUUGACAUGUUCACUUUUAUCGCUUAUUCUGUUAAAGAUUUCUUCUGACAAUUUACAGAAUCCAUGAGGCGAAUCAGGUUUAGAUAACUUAAAGAGGUCAAGACCAGCCUUGAAGGCGUAAAUACUUGUUGAGUUUUGUACAUGUAGUGGCAGCUGGUUCCAAUAUUCGAUAACUCUAUUGUUAAAGAAGUCAUGUGCUGAUCAUAAUAGAUGAUGAGAAGUGACAUUAAGAUUACGAGUUCGAUAAGCUGUCUUCAUCCCAAACAUACUGUGACCAUAGUUCACAAAACAAUUAAGUCACCACGCAUUCGACGUUCCAGUAAAGUCGUUAAUCUGAGACGCUGUAACCUUAGACGAUAAGAGAGUAGGCCCAUGCCCCCAGUUAUCCUGGUAAACUGUCUUUGGCAGCUCAAGGUUUCUGAGUAAAUAGAGUAAAAAACCUUUUAAGAAAGUUUCUUCCUCAAUAUACAACACAAUUACUCAAAUUUAAACAAAGACUGUUAAAUAAAAAUUUAAUACAGUGGAACGUGGUUAAUAUGGACACCAAGGGAACAUGCCGUACUGUCCGAUUAAUGUAUGAGAUUUUUGUCACAACAAACGAAACUGUCCGUUGUAUACAGCUAUUUCAAGAAAGGUUGUCGGAAAAAGUGCACGCGACAAUCCCAAAAGGUAUUGUGGGUGAUUUCGAGUUCACUUUUUUUCAAAAAAAUUUCAAAGAAUGGCACGAGAAGCCAUGGACGUAUGUUUGCGAGUGCUAAGAGAAAGCAACAAUAGUAGAUUCGACAGCUACAGUGUCAGGAAAAGUGCAUUGAUCAUAUCCCAUAUUACCUUUCGGGAUUGUCGCGUGCACAGUUUUUCCGACAACCUUUCUCGACACAGCUGUAUGGGUGUUCGUAGAGUGGAACUGUGAAUAAAAAAUUGAGAAUCAAUAAAAAUAUAUUAAUGUAUUGAGAACCAAGUCUUGAUUCAGGACUCAAUUCUGGUUUCGUAAUUUCUGAGAGGAUCAAGUGUCAUGUAUCAACUUACUUUUGAAUGGCGUUGCAUGAUAUGUUGCACAAUAAAUAACAAUAAUUAACUUUUUCCCCAUCUAGAAAUUUGUUUCGCCUGCCAGUUGAAGAGAAGCUUGAUGGCCACUGCGAAUGCACGUUAUGGAGUCCCCAUGAAAAGGGGCAUGAGUGGGGAGUGCUUUAUUGCUCCCCAAACUACCUGUGCUUCAGUAGCAAGGUAAUUUACCAAAAAAGUAUAUUUCUGACUGUUGAGAGUUACUGCGCUUUUCACAAACAUGCGAACUCUAAAGUUCAAAAGCCGCCUUCACAAUUGCGUUUUUCGCUGCCGUCAAUCAUAAUUGCGAUCACAAGCAACGAACCUUGAAACACAGAAACACACAAAACGGAUCGAAAUCCACCAAUCACAAAUCACAAACCUUCACCUUUUGAACCCGUCAAAGUAAAGUUUUGUUUCCUAAGAGGUCCGUUAAGAUGAUUGACGGCAGCGAAAAACGCAAUCGUCAGUUGGCUUUUGAACUUCCGAAUUCGCAUGUUUGUGAAAAGGGCAGUAAUUACUGUUUAGUGUUCAUGGUUCCAAGAAUUAGAAAUGAAAUUGGAUUUUUGCCGCAGUCUAUUAAACCGUCAAUCAGUAACCUACACAGAGCCGGGGGAAUCGUUAGCUCAAGCAAAGUUUUGGCAGAGGAACUGUGAAGCAUUAUAGCUAAUGGGGAGGAGACAAAGCUGCGAGAAUGGUGGCCUCGCCACCAAAACAGCUGCCUCCUUGGGUAUUAAAAUAUUGUUAUCAAAAUUAACAUGUUCUUAUAUAUUUUCUUUAAGAUACGGCAGUUGUUGUCUGUGGUUAUUCCAAUGAGGGAAAUUUCUUUGGUUGAGAAAGUGGAAACUUCAGCCCUCAUUCCAAAUGCAGUGCAUAUCACAACAAAGUCAAAGGUUAGUACACGGCAGCUUAUUAUUGAAGUGGUUGUUAGAUCAUCAAAAUGGAAGCGAUGAGUUGUUACAGCUUUUUGCUCUGCUCUGCAGAUGAACUUCCUGUUUGCUUCUUUGCGAGAUCGAGACUAUUUAACAAGGCUGAUUUCAGACUUCCUGGCAAAAACGCCUGAACCUAAGUAAGUAAAACUACAUUGAUGUACACGUUUAGUAAACAAAUUGUAACGAUAUUAUUUUAAUCCAGUUAGCGCUAUAUACAGCUGUAUGUUUGUAAAUCAAAGGGAGAAUUGCAUAUCAUAUCAAAUGACUCAAGGUAUUAGUGUAUAAACCCCUGAACAGCCCUUGAAAUCUUGAUUAAAUCUUGCCUAUUGCAUUUCUAAUCAGAUCUAAUGAUAAAGAUGAGUGGAUAUUCGGCAGCAGUCCGCCAAAGAAGAAACCAACAUUUCAGCCACCCCUUACGACUGUGUUUUCUAGUACUCCUACUGAUCAUGUGAAUGCUAAAGAGACUGUCAAAGAACAUUUAUGGAGACUGCAUUUUGCAGAGUAUGGAAGGUAAAUUCCCUUGACAGCCAGUGUAUUCUCCAAGUUGUAGAGCGUGGAGCGUAGAAGGAAAGUGAACAGACUAACUUUAAUGUACAAGACGCUACAUGGCCAAUGGCAAUCAAUAUACCACCUUAUGUGGAACACAAAACUGUAAUGAAAACUAGAAACUCUGACCCAAUGAAGUUUAUUCCAGUACAAACAUCAUGUGAUGAGUAUAAAUUAUACAUUUUCUGGUCUAGAACAAUAAUAUUAAUGACGGGAACAGUUUACCGCCAAAUAUCAUAAACAUGACCCCAAUAAGUAAUUUUAAAGCUGCUGUAAAUAUUUAUAUCUCUGCUUAAGUUUUAGUUUUAUCAACUUAAUUAUUAAGUGAUUAUUAUUUAUUUCAUCAUUACUAUACCACAUUAUUUAUUACCUUCAAGCACAUAUUUAUUAUUUAUUUUUAUUCUUGCACUUUGUACUGGAAUUUUCUAGAUGUCCUUAUACGAUUUUGCAAAUAAAUUAUGUAGAUCAUGUAGAUGUAGAUAGACGUGACACAAGUCUCAGUGUUAAAACUCACUCUCUGUUUUCACCCUUGCUCUAAACCUGUCAUUUGACAGCUAGCGCAUUCUUGACCUAAGCAAAAACUGGCUGUUAAGCCAUACUGUUAUGUUAAUGUUGCCUUUUAUUGUAGGGGUGUUUGUAUGUAUCGUACCGUUAAGACACAUGACUUGAUACUCAAAGGAGUUCCUGACAGUCUGAGAGCUGAGGUGUGGCUUAUAUUCUCUGGUGCCAUCAAUCAGGUAAUGUGCAAAAUGUAAGGUAAAAACGCACUUUGAACCUACAGCCCACCCAACACGAUCGGAGAUUAACUUGCUUUCUGCAGGAUGAAGGACCUAGUAGUGUUGCUACUCUCCCGGGCCCAGUUGUUCGUAGACCGAUUACGGUAGACCGAUUUUCCUUUUUCCUUUGUUCAAAAGCAUUUUCUCGUAUGAUGUUCUCUAUUAUUUUUAACGGUUGAUUGACAUUCACCGACAUUUGGACCGAAGAAAAACCUAGACUGCAAAACAGUCCGUAUUUUUGCGUAUUCAAGUACGCGCGAGCAGUCAAACAAAAGGUCUGGAGCGAGGCUGAAAACGGAGAGCGAGACUCUCGCCUCACACGCCUUAGGGGCGUGUGAGGCUCUCGCGCUGCGCGCGCGCAAGACUCCUACGCCACUCUUUACCGAUUUCUUUACUGAUUUUGAGAAAGAAACCGACUGUUUUGCAGUCUAAGAAAAACCCUUUAACGGCGCCUGUUAGUAGUAACCGCAGUAAAUGAAGGGUGACAGAAAAAAUUAGUCACUUUGUAGAGAGGACUCUUCAAGUGUCCACUACAUACAGAUACGUGGUUUGGUAUAUUGUGCUAUUUAAAUGCAUUUAGACAACACGCAGUCGUUCUUUUUUCUAAGUCCAUCGAGCAAAGCGCGCGUGACUGAAGGCGUCUCGCGCGUCUCCCUUCACUUAAUUUGAAGAAAAAGAAAGACUGUUCGCAGUCUAAAAUGCAUUAAUUUUGUCAGACGUUUCUGUUGUCUUUGCUUCUCAAUAGUUAAUACGUCGGGCAGCAAAAGGAGUGACAUUUGUUGUCAUUUUUUACCAAAAUUACGCAAGAAAACAACGACGCUCACUGAGUUUGGAAAGAACCUGUUUCGGACGCUUACCAUUUCCAGUUGAGGGAUGUUUAAUAAAUUGCCGAUCAUUUCUAGAUUUGAUGACAAAAAAGUGCUUACAUUUGUACAUUUUAUUGUUGCAGAUCCAAACCCAUCCCGGUUACUAUGCAACAUAUGUUGACGAAUGUGAAGGAAAGAACUCAUUGGCAACAGAGGAAAUUGAACGAGACCUUCAUAGGUGAGUUUUUGUAAACCAAGAGAGCCAUAUGGACUUCAUUACAUGUCUGAUCCCGCGUUGUGGGUAAGAGGUAGCGAAUCCUGUGUUGUGUUUGACUACACGACCGUGCAAAAUGAGAUGGGCCUAACUUGCCCACUCGGGAUCGCUUGAUUUGUCGGGAAAGAAAAGAUUUUGUUCUGUCCAUAUGAUAAACCCUUUAUUGACCAAGCUUGUUCUGUGAAGAUGGGUGAAUAUUAGCCUCGUCCAUUUUUCAUCUUGACCUACUUUGUAACACGUGGUCAAUAACGCACGUUUAGCAGGAAGUAUUGGUUUGUAAUGGUUUAACCCUUUAAGCCCCAAUAUCCACAUACAAAUUCUCCAAACUGAUCUCUAUACAUUUCCUUUAAGAAUUAGUUGAGAGAAUUUGAUAAAAGAUCAAAGUAUUUUCUCUUAGGUGAUCAUUUUAUCAAUUCUCAUAACCUCAUCUCAUGAUAAUGUAUGGAUAUUGUUAGGAGAAAAUUGCUGUUGGUCACUAUUGGGACUUAGAGGGUUAAAAUAGAAUCAAUCGCACUUCUACGUGUGACCACGUCUGCUACUUGAACUGCCUAUCCAACCUACAUGUACCAAAUUUAGUUUCCCAGUCCGAGCAGGAAAGUUGGUAGCUCCUGAUAGGACCAUCUAGUCGUGACGUGUUGGUUGGUCGCUUUUGGGAUGCUGGGCUUUAGUAGUAUCACUUCUAUUAAACCUUCCAAAAAAUGCUGUGAAUAUAAUGUUGCUCUCCACUCUUGAAGUUUUGUUUGUCUUUUCAGAUCGCUUCCUGAACACCCUGCUUUCCAAUCUGAAGUGGGAAUUGCUGCCUUGAGAAGAGUUUUAACAGCUUACGCUUGGAGAAACCCCAGCAUAGGUUGGUACAUCAUUGAAAGAACACGACUUAUUAUGUAACACAGGACUCAAUCCUGCAGGAGUAACUAGUUAUUAGGAAAUUUAAGCAACCACAGCGGUAACAGCGGCGAGAACGACUCUUGAAUAUGUGCGAUUCCCACUUUAAUUAGAUGAUUACAACUCGCUUAAUUUGUCAAAUGUUAGCGAAUGAUUGUACCGGAAUUGAAUUCUUAGAGACCGUAACCUCCCCCGCAGACAUUCUUAGGGGUGCGUCACGCGUUCCUCCUCCCACGAAGGAACGCGUGACGCACGCCUAAGAAUGUCUGCGGGGGAGGCUAUAUGGACCGCGCCUAAGGCAAGAAAGACAAAAAGCAAGUGGCGGUCAUGCAUUUACCUUCUCCAUACUAACGUCGUUUUGUGAAGUUUCACAUCGCAAUCGUUUAGUGACGGCAACAGAAGGAAGAGUGUAAAAAGUGUAAUGCCAUGCAGAGUUGUUGUUUUGCUUAUUCAACCAUUGCUUUUUUUACCGCUCGUGUUACAUAAUUGUUGAUUUAUUUUGGUAUAAUGAUGUUGUAGCAACAUAGAAUGCUCCAAGACAGGCCAACAACUGAAUAUUUGAAUAAAAUUAUCGUAUAUUUACACUUUGUAAAAGAUCCCAGAUUGACCAGCUUGUUUAGGGUGAGGGGUGUUGUUUAGUUGCGGCAAGUUUUUUUUUGUUUACGGUUAUUACUGGACCAUUUCCCUUGAUUUUCCUUGCAAUUAAUUUCAUUGGUUUUGCUCACAGUGGAAGAAUUACCUUCAGUUACCAAAAAGUUUUUUUUUUUCAAUUUGAAAUAAAAGAUCCCUUCUCAUCUUUUAGGGUAUUGUCAAGCUAUGAACAUUGUGGCGUCAGUGCUGCUAUUGUACUGCACAGAAGAGGAAGCCUUCUGGUUGUUAGUAGCUGUUUGUGAACGUCUCUUACCAGACUACUAUAACACUAGAGUAGUAGGAGCUCUUGUAGAUCAAGGUGAGGCGGGCGAUACUACAGCAGGCUUUGAUGUGUUCUCGUUUCAAUGGCGAAAGUAAUUUUGUAACUGCCUCGGUUUUGUGAUUGACUGAAAAUUCUCGCGCCACUUUCUCAAAUAGUCUGAAGUAAAAACAGUUCAUAAAGUUACAGUUGAACCUUCACGAAGCGGUCACCCUCGGGGUAUCGGCAUGUGGCCGCUUGAUGAAGGUUAGCCUCUCAAUAGAGGCUCAUUAUAAAUUAGCAUAAUCUUUAGCAGAAACAUACGCAUUACUGAUCCCAAGAUACACAAUCGGUCGUCACCUUCUAUCUCGGAAUGUAUUUUCCUUUAUCAUUUUCUUGGAAUAAAGGAAAACUAACUUUGUCAAGCGCUUGAUGGCCGCUUAAUAGAGGUGACAAUGGCCGUCGCUACUUGAUGGAGGUGGCCGUCUAAUUUAGGUUUAAUUUCCCAUUCUUUUCUACAGUUACUUUGGGACUUCGAUUACUAGCCGCCUAAUAGUGGCCACUUAAUGGAGUUCUAACUGUAUUACCUCCUUGCGUGCUUUUUCCCGCGCUGAUUGCCUCUUUGUGAAAAUCUCGGGCCACUUUCUCAACCAAUCAGACGUGAAAACAGUCACAACCUAUAGCAUGCUUUUUCCCGCGUUUGCACUUGCUGGGUGUCUCUACCUUCAGUUCUGAUUGAUUCUUUGUGUCAGCAGUCAUCGGACAAUGGCCGACUAAAAUUAGCCCAUGUCCGACGAAAUCUUAACUGUAAUCAGACGUAAUGUCCAGACAAAUACUAUCGUUUUGUGCGGUGAAUGAAGUCUACGUUGAGCACAUGUUAAUUUUCGAAUCAACGAGAUAAUAUUAUUGCGGAAAAUAUAUCGCAAUAAUCAGUCUAUCUGUGAAUCCCACAUCUGCUGUGCACAAUGUUCUUUGAAGACAUGUAAUUCGUCCUUGGUUGAGUCCAACCUUGUUCUUUGUUUUUUGUCCUUCCAAAAUGAUCACUUAGCCGAACAUACGUCCUUUCAAUAAAGACAAAUAAUUCAGUUUCCAUUCUAUGUACACUGUAAACUAUAAAGGAGAGCUUAAACGGUAUUUUGAUGGUCUAGUAUUUACAUGUAUAUGUGUUAUAGUAGACUUGGGACAAGGGAGAAUUUUCCCCAGAAGAAGUACCAUUCGCCUAUUUUCAUGAUGCGAUCUUUGAUGAAUUUCCUUUUCUAUAUCCAGGUGUAUUUGAAGACCUCACUAGGGAUCACUUGCCGGAGUUGUACGAUCAUCUGAUGGAACUUGGAAUUCUAAACAUGAUAUCACUCUCCUGGUUUCUGACUCUUUUUCUCAGGUACUGUCACAAAAAUUUUGUAGGGAACAACAACUACCACGAGAACAACUCGCAUGAUAGCUGCCAGUUUCCAUGGAUCUUAAAGUACGAGGAACGAUUCGCCGCGAAAACGAGAGGCGAGACCGCGUGAGAAAAGAGAAGAGGAAGAGAGGAACCGCCUUUGCUGCGCCUUAUUUCUUUUUGAAUUUGUCGCUCGUAUUUUUCCGCGAAUGAAGUUUCCUUUACCGAGCUCGAACGAAACCGCCAGCUUCGCAGGCUACCUGCAUGACCAAAGCACCUUUAAGUCUUGCUACUGCGCUCCCCUCCCCUCCCCCUUAUAUUGUACACCGCGACCUGGUGGGGGUGAGAAUGUGUAUUGUACACAGAGCUGAUUGUCGGAGGUCCCUAUAAGUUCUUAGGUUCGGAAACUGCUUUGUAUGAGCGAUGUUUGCGUUGUAAUGAAUUUCAUAGUCACGAAAGCAGCAACUUUGGGGAAAAGCCUGCUUUUUCUUCCUUUUCCUUUUGAUUUUAUGAAAAGCAGCUCCGGAUUCAAAACGUUGUUCAAAAAACAAGACACGUUUCUAACCAGCUUUGAUAGUGAGAUUUACGAUGAUUACAACAGAUACUACUAACAGUUUAUGUGAAGAUAGUGCCUGCAAUUUAUUUCAACCUUUGUGAUGUCUUUGUGGACAUCCUAAUGAUAACUGUCGUCUUUGAUUGUUGUUCAUUGUAGCGUCAUGCCAUUCUCAAGUGCUGUUAGCAUCAUGGACUGCUUCUUCUAUGAUGGUGCAAAGGUAACUAACGAGAUAAUUUCCUCCAAUUUCACUUGCUCGGACGGUCGCAAACAAAACGUUCAUGUACGAGGGAAAAUUAUAUUGUAUUUAAUUUUUUACUCUCAGUUCAUUUUGAACUGCAACAUAUACGCAUAAGUUCCCUGUUUGGUACAUGUCCAUUUCGUUGCAGAACGUUUUCUAACUCUGGUCGUCACAGUUAUUUGUCCAUUUUGCUAGUAGUAAAAAGAUAGGAACGUUUGUAUUUCACCUCUAAGGCCUGGUUUACACUAGCCUGUCAGCAAGCUCUGCAAUUAUGGUGAGUGAAGCGAACCGUGAGAGAUCGGGUGAGCAUUGUAAGGGCGGAGGAAAUCUUUUGCCCUUCUUUUCCCCGCCUCUCGCACUCGCGGCCUUGCGUGCAGCUCACGCGUGACCUCUCGCUACCCAAAAUGAAUAGCUUCCUCGCAGGCUAGGUUUACACAUAUGACAGAAGCAUCAGCAGGUGCAACAUAAGCAAAUCGAACAACUGGUUGAUAACGAAACGCGUAUGUUGUUCUUGCUGAUGAUUUCGUCCAUAUGUGAAUUAGGCCGAAGAUGCAGAAGUGAAUCCUAAAUCGACAGCAUUUUUCAGGUGCUGUUUCAGAUUGCAUUGGCCACACUUGAUGCCAACAGAAACAAACUUUUAGCAGUUCAAGAUGAUGGUGAAGCAAUGACCGUAUUAGGAAACUACCUGGAGCACGUGACAAACAGAGACGCCAACGUUCCGCCCUCCAAUCAAGGAGCCUCCAACAGAAACACCGGGGUAAGGAUCACUAUUUGUCCAAACUUUUUUGUGUGUGCGUAGGUUUUGUUUUGACACGGUCCUAUAAUAGUUUAAAAUAUAUCCACACUCAUAAAAAAUAUCACAUUCUUCAGUCUCAAGACACGCAAAGAACCAAAAAUGUCGAAAAUAUUCGCUAUUAUGAAGGUAGCUUUCGUUUCCUGCUAUGGCUUUCACUGGCGAUUUGCAGUUUUUAAGAAGGUGUAGUCUGGGGCCAUGCUCCUUGGUCAUGGUGGGGAAAAAGGGAAAAAAGUCCGCUAGGUAUAGGAAGCUUACUUACGAUCUUCCCAACUCUUGGCGAUAUUUAGCCCCCUUCCCGCAAGCGGAGAACCUGUUGAAAGGCUAAAAUAGCUGCAGCAGUCGACGUGGCAACAGAAUCCCAUCUCUUGGCGAUAUUUAGCCCCCUUCCCCCAAACGGAGAGCCUGUUGAAAGGCUAAAAUAGCUGCAGAAGUCGGCGUGGCAACAGAAAGCACUUCGGAGAGAUUGCCCGUCUUGAAAAGCUUGCAUUCAGUUCGUUUGCAACGUUGUUCUGUUUGUAUCUUCGUGUGUGCAGCCUGUUCGCAGACGUUUUUCUUUUUUCCGACAAUCCCCGCGUUUUAUAUUUUCAUACACGCGCUCGACUAUCUCUAAAGAGAAAACAGAGGUAUAUAGGUUACCGUAAGUUUGCCCCAACACUGAGGAGACGUCAUGUACGUGAAACAAAUCGUCCUUAAUCCUACCUUAGCCUUCCUUUGUCGACGACGAAUGUUCCUCGUGUUUAUUUCUCCGAGAAUUCUGUAACAUUUGAAUCAUUUUUUGUCGUCUCUAGCAUCACAAUACUGUGGAUGUAGCCAACCUUAUCUUAGAAUCGUAUCAGAAAUUUGGCUUUAUCGCGGCCGACACCAUUGACUCCAUGAGAAAUGCACAAAGACUGAAAGUUGUACAGGUAAGCAAAUUUUUGCCUCCCACGCGGACGUUCCGAGGGCUUUGUCACACGUUACUGCCCCGCGAACGUGCGUUACAAUGUCCGAAAGUAAGCACAAGCAUUGACCACUCCAGAAAAUACCAUAACAUACCAUAAUGCUCUUUGUUUGUCACCCCAAAAUUUUGCAGAAGCAUUGUCUUCAGUUUCUCUUGGGAGUUCAAAUGGCCCCUAGAGAAACUGAAAACAAUGGUUAUGCAAAAUUUUGGGGCGACAAACAAAGAACAUUAUGGUAUGUUAUGGUAUUUUCUGGAGUGGUCAAUUAGUAAGCCCACUUUCGAUAUAUUAAAAUUUUAACAUGACUCCGAGGUUUUCUAAUCAUUUUUCUAUGUUUGUUUUUGUUUUCUUUGUGCUCGUCUCCUAUGGGAAUUGCGAGACAAUGGAGUCGUGAAAAAUUUGCAAUUUUGUCCCUAAAGCCUCGGAGUCAUGUGAGAAUUUUAGAAUAUCGAACUUGGGCUAUUAGAAUGACGCAAUUGGAGUGUUACCAUUUGAAAUUAAGCUAUGAUGACACUGCUGGACAUACUUGGUGAGUGAAAUCAUCCUGGUAAACAUAAAACCGGCUUGUAAUCCUAAAUAAAGUCAGGACACCCAAGGAACCACAGGAAACCUAAAGUUUGGUGUGCUGCUUGCCUUGGGGGUCUUGCACGUUAAGCGGGGAAAAAGUGAAUACGGCAACGGCCCCUUACUGACCAGACGCACGGUAACAUGGAAUCUAUUUGUUAAUCAGUCACAACGCUAAAUCUAAUAAUGGAGUUCUAACGUUUUUUUAAUUUAAAAGGAUAUGAGAGAGUAAUUUAAGAAUUUCGUCGAAAGUCUUGUAGUAUAUGUUCAUUUAAUUUUUCCUAGGGAUUAGAGGACAGUAUGAGGAGAAAUGCCGCAAGGUCGAUCGGUCUGGAAGCAUGUCUUUUCCAGCAGAAAGAACUGGAACAGUUAUACGCUGUUUUUAAGGUAAUUAACUCACCUCAUUGCUGUCAUGGCGGUGAAUUAUUAAGCUUAAGAAAUUAUGUCGCUCCAAGGACUGGGGAAUAAUGCAUGGUUCCUAAGAACCGAGAAGAAAACUAAGGUGAGUCAACUUUCGCAAAAGCUUGUGGGAUCAUUUUUCUGGGGACGCGCCAGUCAGCUAUUGGCCAUUUUUUCCCCUUUCCCCAGUAACAGUCCCGAAAGUCUUGCGGCCUGUUAGAGGACGAAAAAAAAGGUCAGGGAUAACAGAGAGGAGAAGUGGGACGUCACGUUACCAUGGUAGCAAAACUAUAGGGAGCUUAAGCAACGACGACGGUGACGGCAACGAGAAAGGCAAAAAAGCAAAAGGUUUAUAUUAGGAAAACAAUAACUUUGCACGUGCAUCACGCUUUUUUGUACAUUUCUUAGCCGUCGUUGCACGACUUCGACGUGAAAUUUCCUAAUUUCACGCGCCCGCUUUGUAAAGUAGAUGAACACAACACAAUUUUUGUUUUUCUUAACUUAAAUACGGUCCUUUCGGAUUUAACCCCAGAAAAUUUAGCCAACAUUUGACAAAUUAAUUGAAACUGAACUAGAUCGAUGAAGUCUGAAAAAGUGCGGAUUCACUUUUUAAGUGACGUUUUUCGGUUUGUUGUCGUCGAGAAAUUUUGCUACCAUGGCAACGUGACGUAUCGACUUCUCUCUAUUUAUCACGCAUUUCCUUUUUGUUUUUAAGGCAGGACAUCUUCUGACUCGAAACCAUGGCGAGGCCAAGGACACUCCUCCCCAGUUUCCUCUCAUACAGAACCAGUGUAUUGACUUGGAAAGAUUUAAACCUUUAUUUGAAUGUCUCACUAACUGGGGGACUGGUGAAAUCGGACCUAUACUGGCCAAAAGAGCUUUCAAGGUCGGUAAAAACUGAUAUAUUUCUUAUGGGACGUUAUCUACCCUGUAAAGAGUAGUUCUGCACAGACCAUUCUAAGAUGAAAGGAAAUCUCGUUUUCAAAACAAUAUUUCUCGACAUAUAUAUAUAUAAUGCUUUCCUAUAAAAUCCCCGGACUGAAGGUUACUCUUGUUUACCGAGUCAUUAUCGACAUCAUAAGCACGUACAUCCCGCCGUGGUAACAUUUAUAAACUCUCCGCUAGACAGAUAGACCUUCACGGCGAAACCUUCGCGUGGCUGGGAUAACCACGUAAAAUGACAAUCCCGUUAUCCAGGAGGCGACAUAAAAAUAUUGUCCUAAUUUAAUACUUUAAGGCUAAAUACAUUGACAAUCAAAUACAGUGCUUUUUCUAUUUUCAACAUUGGGAAUGACAGGUUAUAGACGAAGAUGAGGAUGGCUUGAUAACUUUCCGAGAGUUUGCCCAGGGUCUCGGCAUCAUCUGCAAUGGCGAAACACAUGAUCGUCUGCUAUUCAUGUACCGCAUGCAUGUCCCACCGGCCAUCUGUGACGAUACUAGGGACAAUAGUGAUGCUGAGUCAAUCGACAGCUGUGUAGAACUUAAAGAAAGCGGAAGUUCAGAAGACCUGUCACGUGACCAGCCUCCUCAAUCUCAAUGUGUUGCCGAAGAAAGACCAAUUAGUGUUUUAGCGACGAGGGCAAGCGAAGAAAGGAACAGGAACAACAGUGAAAAUAAUGAAGACAAGAAAGUCACGGAAAUUCCACCCAUGAGUCAGGUAUAAAGUUCAAUGUAGCUGCUAGUAAUGCGGGCCAUUUUGCCUUGCCAUAAUUAAGUGACUGAGGAGUAUCGGAAAAAAAAAACAAAAGAAAAAUCAAGUUGGAUUUAUUUAGUGUCGCUCUGAUCCCGCAACAAGCAGAGGGGAAUAAAAAUUUGUAGAGACCUUAAGAUCGAGGUUUCUCACUCGUUUCUGCAAACCGCGAACGUCAAGAAGUCACGUAACUAGGGCCUUGCUGUCAGGUUUUCAGUUUGAGGUUCACGUUUGUACGGCUAGACCACCAAAGUUUUUGCUCCCGAAAACAUCACAAUCCCACGUUUGAGAUGACAUACUACUGUUUUAAAAACUCUUUUUCGUCGAAACGCAAUCUUGAAGACGAUUUCUCAGCUAAAAUAGAACUCAACGAAUGAAUGAAAACAAACAUGGCAGCCGCGAGCUACCACCUGCGAAUCUUAAGUCCCAAAUAUGGGCAGACGCCUAACGUGAAACCGCUUUCCACAAACCGCGCUUUGCCGUUUGCGGUAAGGUUGCAAAACCUCGAUCUUCAGGUUUCUAAUGUCGUCGGUUACCGGUCGGCAUGUACUCGUCAGUCUCGGGACGUUCUCUCUUCACGCUCCAUCGCCCGCACGUAUCUAUAACGUCACUGAAUUACUACGUUGACACUGUCCCCAGAAGCUUAGGCAUCGCCAUGCGUGAGUGGACCGUAACGCCAAGGUAUUGAUUUUCUGAUUUUAAUUGAUUAAUUAAUUAUCUAUUGAUUUGAAAGAAUUGCUUAGUAGAUAAUGAGGUUAAGACAAUGAACCCCCCCCCCUACCCCCCAUCGGUAUUUGUAAGUGCUCAUUCAGCUUAGUUAUAAAGGAGACGUUUCCUUAACUGACUAUUAAACUCCAUUUCCCUUGUCUUCUAGGAGAACUUUAUCAUGUUGUGGAAGACGUUGUAUUCGCUGUUUCGUGAACUUCCUAACGAACAGGAAAUGUACCAGUCGAUUGCUUCCGUGGGAAACAUGCUGCUAAAACUGGGAGAAUUUGGAGGAGAAUUGGAAACCAGCGGAGAAAAAACCGCUGAUCAGAAAACAGAAAGUGUAGCUAUGGAUCGGUUUAUGGACCCACUACAUGUAGCCGAACUCGAAUCCUCUACAUCCAAUUCGGUUAACCUAGUGGUUGAACCUAAUGAAGUGACAGUCACCUCUGAACUGGGCUGUCCGCAAUUAGUAAAGGAGGCAUUAAUGGACGCUGCAAGGAGUAGUGAAUCCUCUCUCAGUAGUCCUGUAAGAAGCUCAAAUGGAGAAGAUUUUGUUCUCGUGGGGAGUGAUGACGGGUUUAGUACACCUGAACAGGUCCCCUCCAAUGAGGAAAGCACACUGGAUACAUUAGGUGAAGUCUAUAAUAAACUGACACUUGGGAAUACUGUUUCUUCUCCUGGUAGCGUUUCUAAAGCCACGGACGCUGCUGAUAUUAGAACUACUCAUUCAACAGACUUAAAUUCUCGUUCACUCGUUGAAAAACAGGGAGAUCAAAACAAAGGAAAUUUGACCACCCAAUCACACGACAAACGUUCAUCAGGUACUUUUGGCAUGGACCAAUCGGUUGAAGGACCUUCAUCCGGGACAUUAGGCGUUGACCAAUCAAUUGACGAACCCUUGGAAUCAAAUGAAAGACCUGCCUCAGGCAUGUUGGAUCUUGAUUGGUCCAUUUGCUUUGAGCAGUUUUUGGCUUCUAUGUUGACUGAGCCGUACCUUGUUCACUAUUUUGAAGAAACUGUCGACGUCGUUCAGCGACUUAAGAAAAUGAAAACAGAAGGGAUGGGAAGCUUUCGAAAUGCGUCCAAGACAAGUUUACAUUCAGCGGAGUAG